UUGGAGUCUGCGCCGUUAGUUGUGUGUUUUCGGCAGUUACAUAAAAGGGUAACUCUCGUCUCUGGUCUAUCGCUUGUUUGUCAGCAUAGGCUAUGGUACGGUAACACAACCAGUGGGGAAGAAGGAAAGAAAAAAGAAAGAAAAAAAGCUCUUCCGAAAAGAGCAAAAAAAAAAAAAGAGGAACAAGUGAGAGCCCGUAUGUGUUUCCUGUGUGUGCCCAGCCGCCCAAUGGAGAGUUACCACCCUCGAUUGUUCCAGUCCGCGUCCUGCACAGCCACUCACACAUAGAUAGACGGCACACACACACACACACACACACGUUCCUUAUCUUCACGCACGAUUCAUCCGGCGGCUAGCAUCUAAACCGAUCCCACCCCAAACUUGCCUCUCAUUCUUCCUUGAGAGCUGUCGUUGGCUGGAUUUGCACCUCUUCCACCACAACCAACAACAACAGCAGCAGCAGCGUGUCGUCCUUCUGUUUCGGUUGUUUUGUUUCAGCUGUCAUCAACAGCAGUUUGGCGAUUUAAUCGUUGGUAUGUUCAGACUGCCCCACGGUGUAGUGGCCACUUGUCCAAACUGUCACCAGUGAUUUAUUAUUUCUUCCGAUUCAAAUUUAUCCAGCAAACAUUGUCGUUUUUUCUUGUUUUCCUCAACAAAAUCAAAUGGGCCUUGUGAAACCAUCAGCCGGCCGGUGCUGUGGCUGCCGUGUCGGGCUGACAGUCAGUUAGUAAAGCGACAAUAACAACAGCAACAAUAUAGUUGACUUGUCCAAAGUGUGUUUCUCGUUAACUGGCGAGGCCUCAUUCAGUGAUAUUAUGGAACACAAGUGUGUCCCCCACUGGACAACAUGUCACCAUUUAACAAGGCCUCGACGACAACAAGAAAUAGACAGCCAAACGGAAUGCAUCGCUGCAUUUUGAAUUUCUUCCUCUUGUUGUACUCGGCAACGGUCGCUGUCGGCAGCCCAACAACAGUAUUGGACCAGAUAGACUUGAGCGGAGGAUCGGCAGACAACGAGACGGCCACGACUCCUGGGAGCAGUUCAACGCCGACCACGACCAAUUCCAAGAUCAUCAUCGAUUCAUCAGACGACAUCAUUCCGAUCCAAUCCGAGUAUGACUCAGUCCGCAGUUCCGUCAUAUUUUUCAGCGCUUCCCUGUCCAUGUUCGGCGCAAUUGGCAUCAUCCUUUUCUUCCGCAAGUGUGUCAACUGCCCCAACGGACAACAGGACGGACAGACCCGUCACGGACGCCACCAUUACUACACGGCAGGUGGCGAAAUUGCCCAUUUCAGGACUCUGGUGAGUCGAAAUCCAAAUGUCGUGACGGCAGUCGAGCUGGACGACACGCUCGACGUCGAUGUCACAGGGAUCGACGUGCCCUUGACUCCGUCACCCAACACCAAACUGGCGAAUAGCGAGGAAGACGAGGAAAUCAAUUCGCCGUCAACCCAUCGAACUACUUGUCAUCUUCCUCUCAUUUCAAUCGGACUGGCAGACUCAACGUCUGGAUUUCGUUUCUAUGACGACGACGACGACGACGAACAAGAAGACGACGAUGAAGAAGAAAACGACGACGUACAGCCGGCAGUAGUUUGCACGUAAUAAGAAACCGCACAGAAAAAGAAGGAACUUAAAAAUUUUCUAACCCCCAAUCGAUCUGAUGAUUAUUAUUUCGUGUGUUAUUAGUAAAGUAAUACUUUUGUCGUCGUCGAUGAUGUCGCUGUCGUCGUCGCCACAGACCAAAGCCAAAUAUCGAUUACCCUGAUUUCCGUAUGGACUCUCUUUCCCCUUCGCAAGAGUCUCUCAAUGGUUACCCUCGUUCCCAUAUAUUUGAAAGGAGACGACGCCAAAAGAAUUUGGUCGAUCGAUAGUUUUCCCUUGUGCGCUUCUAUCGUUAUUUGUUGCCGUGUUACUUUUUUUUCCCGUCCCGCCCAGGGAUUCAGGAUUUUCCACCUUUUGGAUCACACCUUCACUAUUUUCUUGUUCCAUUUCGAAUUUUGAAAACAAAAAAGGAAAAUAACAUUAACGCAUCAACAAAAUCUAUCUAUUUCUACACCAAAGUUCUAUGAAAAA